UAUGCGAAGACCAGAAUUUAUAAGGAAGACUUUGGGGAUUUAUCGAUAUUUUUAGGACAUUAAAGUUUUUCUUGUGCCUGAUAGACGUCACAUCUCACAGCUUCAAUUCACUCAAUGUACAAAACAAAAAUUAUAUAUAAAUAUAACGUUUGUACUCCUGAAUUUUCUGAAAAUGUAACAACGUUAGAUUGUUUAACGAUAUAUAGUUCAUAUCUUGCUGUAAAUGACAUUAUAUGACUACGCAUCUGUCUGAGAGUUCAGCUACAGUUCAUAAAUUAAACUCCAUGAUUCAUGUUUGAAUUUGAAUAUAAAAAGUCGUCUGUUUGAUUUACUGAUGAGUAACGCAACUUGGAAAUUAAUCUAAUAUUGAACAUAAGUGACAUUAAAGUUUUUAAUUCACAUAUAUUUGAUGACGCAAAAAAUGUCAAAUUUUGUCUUGGCUCAUUUAAGCAAUAUUUAUAACUCAAGGAUAUGGAUAACGAUGAAACAUAUUUUAGUGAUCGCCAAUAUCCACACUGUUUCGUCACCCUUGGAGCUUCAGGAGAUCUUGCCAGAAAAAAGAUAUACCCUACACUCUGGUGGCUAUUCAGAGAUGAUCUUUUACCUGUGAACACGGUCUUCUUCGGAUAUGCCAGGAGCAAACUUUCUAUGUGUGACCUAAAUAAAAAUUGCGAGCCUUACAUGCACCUUAAGCCAGACGAGAGGAUACAAUUCGAGAAAUUUUGGAAUUUAAAUUAUUAUUUAUCUGGACAAUAUAAUUCCAAAACUGAUUUUGAAUUAUUGAACCAAAAAAUAGCAAAAUUUGAAACGGGAUCAAUUGCUAACAGAUUAUUCUAUUUGGCUAUACCACCAUUUUUAUUUCAAGAUGUUGCAACUCAAAUAAAAAAUACAUGUAUGUCAGAUAAGGGAUGGACUCGGAUCGUAAUUGAAAAGCCAUUUGGGCAUGAUUUGCAAUCAUCUGAAACACUCUCUCACCACUUAUCCUCUCUAUUCGAAGAAACACAAUUGUACCGAAUAGACCAUUAUUUGGGAAAAGAAAUGGUCCAAAACUUAAUGACGCUUCGAUUUGGUAAUAGAGUAUUUUACCCCACAUGGAACAGGGACAACAUUGCUUGUAUUCUCAUCAGUUUUAAGGAAUCUUUCGGGAUUGAAGGAAGAGGAGGUUAUUUUGAUGAAUACGGAAUUAUUAGGGAUGUAAUGCAAAACCAUCUUUUGCAAAUAUUGACCCUUGUUGCGAUGGAGAAGCCUGUUACUUUCGCACCUGAUGAUAUCAGGAAUGAGAAAGUCAAAAUAUUGAAGUCUACCAAAACCCUGGAGUUAAAUAAUAUAAUAUUAGGCCAAUAUGUCGGUGAUCCUCAAAAAGAAGGUGAUGCCAAACUUGGUUAUCGCGAUGACAGAACUAUUCCUAAAGAUUCAAUAACACCAACCUACGCUAUAGCAGUCUUGUUCAUCAAUAACGAGAGAUGGGAUGGUGUACCGUUUAUCCUUAGGUGUGGAAAGGCCCUUAAUGAACGUAAAGCUGAAAUUCGAAUCCAAUUCAGAGACGUUCCUGGAGAUAUUUUCGAUGGAAAAUCCAAGAGAAACGAACUUGUUAUUCGAGUACAACCGGAAGAGGCUGUAUACGUUAAAUUUAUGGUGAAAACCCCUGGAAUGGCUUUCGAUAUUGAAGAAACUGAACUUGAUCUAACUUAUAGCACCCGAUAUCAAAAUAUCAAAUUACCAGACGCUUAUGAACGUUUAAUUCUUGAUGUAUUUUGUGGGUCACAAAUGAACUUUGUACGUACCGAUGAGUUGAAAGAGGCCUGGAGGAUAUUCACUCCAUUGCUGAAUAGAAUUGAAAAUGACAAAAUCGUUCCUAUACCAUACAUUUACGGAAGUAGGGGCCCAAACGAAGCUGACGAACUACUGAUCAAACAUAAUUUCACCUACACAGGAACUUAUAAGUGGAAACCAAAAAUGUGAUUAAUCAAGUUAUUUACUGGUUUAAUCGCCUUAAUUUUUGUAAUAUGAAAAAAAUGAGAACACUCAGACUCUUAUUUUAUAUAUUUCUGCGUAUUUGUAAGAAACACAGGAAAUAUCACCUGAAGAAUUAUGCCCAUGUGAUGGAAAAAUACUGCCAAUUAUGUCAUUUA